AUGAUUGUCUACGUAGAUGAUAUCAUUAUAACUAGAGACUACUCAGAGGAAAUUAAGGAACUGAAAUUCAUAUUAGGAAGAGAAUUUGAAAUAAAAGAUCUUGGACAACUUAAAUACUUUCUUGGUAUGGAGAUUGCAAGAUCAAGAAAGGGCAUUUCUGUAUCCCAAAGAAAGUACACUCUCGAUCUCUUGGAAGAAACUGGUUUAUUGGGGUGCAAACCAACAAGUGUACGAAUGGAACCGGGAAUUAAAUUCCAAACAGUAAGCGAAGAUGAGCAGGUAGACAAAGGAAGAUACCAAAGACUAGUGGGAAAAUUAAUCUAUCUUGCACACACAAGACUGGACAUCGGGUUUGUUGUAGGUAUGGUAAGCAGGUUCAUGAAUGCCCCUACAACAAGGCACAUGAAAGCUGUUUUUCAGAUUCUCCACUACUUGAAAAAAAAAAUCCUGGAUAUGGAUUAUUGUUUAAAAAGACCAGUGAGAGGGGAGCAAACAUUUAUACAGAUGUUGAUCGGGGAGGAUUUUGUGUAG